CCUUCAAAAACGACGGCGACGUGGUUUUUCGAUCCAUUUCCUGGAAGAAGCAAAAUAAAAGCGGCAAAGAGAAAGGAGCCCUGCCCUAGCUGCUGCUUUUGGAAAAUUCGCGCUUCCCUUUUCUUCUUUCUUCCUUCUUGCUUGGUUUCGAUCGAUUGAUCGAUCGCGAUGUGCUGCGACAAUUGCCACCCGAUUGGCUUCCUGCUGGGACUGCCCUUCGCAAUCCUCUCGUUUCUCAUCUCUCUCGUGGGGGUCGUGGUGUGGAUCGUCGGGAUCCUUCUCACCAUCAUCUGCCCAUGCUGUAUUUGCGUCGCCGCCAUUGUCAAUCUGGCGUUGGAGCUGAUUAAGGCGCCGCUUCACGUUAUACGAUGGUUCACGGAGCAAAUCCCCUGCUGAUCGAUUGCUCGCUCGCGCGUGUACUAUCAUUUUUCUGUGAAUUUUAAGGUUUUCUCUUCCUA